ACUCCGCUCUCUCUAAUCAACAGCCCAAACCGACGCAUCAAAUUCAAUCCAACGGUCCAAAACAAACUCCGCGUGAAGCAAGGGCGACUCCGCCUCCUCUCCAACCUCUCUCUUUCGCUCUCUUUCUAUCUCUUUUUCUAUAAAUCAAUCUCAACCCAUUCCUAGGACUUUCUUUCCAACCCUGGUUCUGUUGUUCUCAGACCAGGCUCUUCUAUCCCCGCCUCAAAAAUCUUUCCGUAAAUGCCCCUGUUUCUUCCUUAAAUUCCCAUCAUCACCCCCCUUGUAAAACCCAUUGGCCCUCGGAGAAGAAAAUGAUGCAAUCAUCCAACGGUGGCGAUCCGCAACAGCAGCAGCAGCAGCAGCAGCAAUGGAUGGCGAUGCAGUACCCAUCUGCAGCGAUGAUGAUGCAGCACCAGAUGAUGCCGCAGCACUACCCGCCGCAGCAUUUCGUUCCGUAUCAGCACCACCUGCAGCAGCAGCAGCAGGGAUCGGCGGAUGAGAAUAAGACGAUCUGGGUCGGCGAUCUUCACUACUGGAUGGAGGAGAAUUACCUCCACAGCUGUUUUGGCCAGACCGGCGAGGUCCUUUCCAUAAAAGUUAUUCGCAAUAAGCAGACUGGUCAGUCUGAAGGCUAUGGAUUUGUGGAGUUUCUUUCACGUGCAGCAGCUGAAAAAGUUCUGCAAAGCUACCAUGGCACCACAAUGCCUAAUACAGAGCAGCCCUUUCGCCUGAAUUGGGCCACCUUUAGUGUGGGGGAUAGGCGUUCAGAUGUUGGUGCUGAUCCCUCUAUAUUUGUAGGUGAUUUGGCUUCUGAUGUUACUGAUACCAUAUUGCAAGAAACUUUUGCCAGCAAGUAUCCAUCUGUAAAAGGUGCAAAAGUUGUCAUUGAUACAAAUACUGGGCGAUCAAAAGGCUAUGGCUUUGUGAGAUUCGCUGAUGAUAAUGAGAGGUUGCGGGCUAUGACUGAAAUGAAUGGUCAAUACUGUUCUACUAGGCCCAUGCGCAUUGGUGCUGCAACCCCCAGGAAAUCAUCUGGAUUUCAACAGGCAUAUUCUUCUCAAGGUGGUUAUGCAGCAAAUGGUGCCAAUGCACAAGGCUUCCAAUCUGAUAGUGAUCCGAAUAACACAACAAUAUUUGUUGGAGGGCUCGACCCAAAUGCUAGUGAUGAGGAUCUCAGACAGGCUUUCUCUCAAUAUGGUGAGGUUGUCUCUGUGAAAAUACCAAUUGGAAAAGGAUGUGGCUUUGUACAGUUUGCUCAACGAAACAAUGCGGAGGAGGCAUUGCAGAAGUUGAAUGGAGCAGUGAUUGGGAAGCACACAAUUCGUCUUUCAUGGGGUCGCAAUCCAGCAAACAAGCAGCCAAGAGCAGAUCCUGCUACUCAAUGGAAUGGAGCAUACUACGGAGGGCAGGCUUACGAAGGAUAUGGGUACGCUGCAGCACCACAAGAUCCUAACAUGUACGCAGCUGCCGCUGCUUACGGGGCUUAUCCUAUGUAUGGGAACAAUCAACAGCAAGUAAGUUAAGGCUGUUUGAUCUAAGGAAUCAGCUUUAGCAUAGGUCAGACAUUAUCACAUUAGAUGGACACAGCUGCCUUAAUCGUAGUUCUUAGUUGGUAAUGUAUCAUCAUCCCCUUUGGCGAACAAGAACUGAACCAAGGACCCCAAUUUCUUUGA